AUGGUUCUUCUCAGCCCCUCUAUUAGAGGACUUCGUAAACUAGUAGCAAUCUGCGAGAGUUAUGCUGCAGAACACGGUCUUAAAUAUAACGUUAAGAAGACAGUUACGAUGGUGUUCCGAUCUGGCAGAGGUCCGGGGACUAUUCCGGGGGUUUUCCUUGAUGGAGAUUUGCUCGAGAGAGUUGAGCGGUUCAGAUACCUUGGACAUAUUGUGACUGAAGGCCUUGUCGAUGAUGAAGAUGUAGAGAGGGAACGACGUGCUCUGGCUGUUAGAUGUAAUAUGCUCGCACGUCGCUUUGCGAAAUGCAGUGACCAAGUUAAGGUGACAUUGUUUAGAGCAUACUGUUUAUGUUUCUAUACAUGUCAACUUUGGGUAAAGUCCACCAGACGCGCUGUCAACAAUAUCAGGGUGCAAUACAAUAAUGCUUAUCGUAUCUUGAUGAAGUUGCCAAGGUACUGCAGCGCGUCGGACAUGUUCGCUAGGUCCAGAGUACCGGAUUUCUUUGCGAUCAUAAGAUCGCGAAUAGCAACAUUUUGGAGUCGUUUGCGAGCCUCCGAUAAUGAAAUCCUAAGCACGUUGGCAGAGGGUCUGGACUGCUCGAUUUUCAAGCACUGGCUUUCGGUGCACCGUGAGGCAAAUAGAAAAUAA